AUGAGAAAGAGAUCCUUAUCUUUUCAGGUAGGGGACCUUGUCUUUCUCAAGAUUUCACCACGUAAGGGGCUUAUGAGAUUUCGACAGAGUGGCAAGUUGUCUCCUAGGUUCAUUGGACCAUUUGAAAUUUUGGAUCGCGUUGGUGAAGUUGUUUAUCGAUUGGCAUUAUCGCCACAUCUGGAUAGGGUUCAUGACAUUUUCCAUAUUUUUAUGUUGAGGAAGUACGAGCCGGAUCCAUCACAUGUUUUGAGGUGGAUAGAUGUUAUUGUUGAUAAGGAUGUGACCUACGAGGAAGGUCCAGUCCAGAUUCUUGACUCUAGAGAACAUGUGUUGCGGACUAAGAUCAUUCCAUUGGUCAAGGUUUGUGGUGACAUCAUGAAGUCGAGGAGACUACUUGGGAGCUCGAGCAGGAGGUUCGCUCUUGGUACCCAGGUUUGUUCGUAA